AUGGGAAUCGGGAAUCCAUUACUAGACGUCACUAUUAGCGCUAAUCCCUCAUUUCUUCAAAAAUAUCAUCUACUCCCUAACAACGCUAUCAUCGCCGAGGACGAACAUCAUGAUAUGUUUUUGGAAAUGGUGGAAAAACACAAACCAACGUACAUUGCAGGAGGAGCUACGCAGAACAGCAUUCGUGUUGCACAAUGGCUUCUGCAACUUCCAAACGCUACGACUUUCUUUGGAGGAGUAGGAAACGAUGACUUCGCUAAAAUUUUGGAGCGAAAAGCUCGUGAAGUAGGAGUCAAUGUACGAUAUCAAAUUCACCCCGGGAGAAAAACAGGAAUUUGCGGAGCUAUAAUAGUUGAUGAAGAUCGUUCCUUAGUUACAGAGUUAGGGGCUGCCGAACAUUUCACUGUCGAUUUUCUUAAACAAUCUGAAAAUUGGAAAUAUGUCGAACAAGCGAAAUAUUAUUACAUCGGAGGAUUUCUACUUCCUGUUAGUCCCCAGUCGGUUCUAGAAAUUCUAAAACAUGCUUCAGACCACAAUAAAGUAGUUGUAACAAAUCUUCAUGCCACGUUUCUAUGUAAACAUUUCGCCAAUCCUGAUUUAGAUGUUUUAAAAUAUGUAGACAUUUUGUUUGGAAAUGGGGACGAAGCGAAGAAAUUGAGUACAAAAUUUAAUUUUGGAACAGAUGAUGUUAAAGAAAUAGCAAAGAAAACUUCUGAAUUACCCAAAUUUAAUGAAACUCGUGAUAGAUUGGUGAUUUUUACUCAAGGUCGCGAACCUACAGUUCUAGCUCAAUCAGGGAAAAUACGUGAAAUACCCAUAAUUCAGGUGGAUCAUAACAUCAUCAAGGAUACUAAUGGCUGUGGCGAUAGUUUUGUUGGUGGGUUUUUAUCCCAGUUGGUCCAAGGGAAAUCGAUUGAUGAAUGUUUGAGGUGUGGAUCUUACGCUGCUACAGAAGUAAUUCAGAAUUACGGUUGUACUUUUCCAGAAACGCCCAAAUUUGAUCAUUGA